AUGUCGCACAUUCCGUCAAUAGAUUACUUCAACAAUGCUGUUUGGAAUAUUCAACCAGUAUUUGACAAAUCAUCGCGAGAUUCCUCUACAUCACACUCUGAAACUUUCGUAGUCAUGCCGCAGAGCCAGUUAGAUUCUUCUAUCCGACUGAUAAAUUCUGAAUUCGAGAUUAUGGGUUAUUCAAAAGUUUUAAGGGUGGAAAAUGGAGAAACUCAAAUCACUAUGAAUAGUUUUGUUGAUGGUGUGUUAAAGUUGAUUUCAUCCUAUCGUAAAAGUUUAAAUAGUCGUGAGGAAAUUGAAUUAAAUUUUCAUCGUGUACAAUCUGAUUUAACUCAAGUACAAAAACUUUAUCGAAGAUGCCAGCAAAAUUUAGAAGAAACACAAAGAUCAAGUGAAUUAAUCAAAGAAAGGGAAAAACAAGCUUUAAAUGAUAAAAAGUUACUUAAUGAUCGUUUAAAAUCCACAUGUAAUGAACUUCGUAAAGUUCAGUCAAACUUCCAACGACAUGAAGUUCAGUUUCUACACGAACGUCGUAAGCUAGAGAAAGAAGCAACAGAUCUUCGGAAACGCUUAGCUCUUUUAAUUGACAAAGCCACUCCUAACUGGAACAAAGGGCAGAAAACAGAUAAACAGUCUUGCUCUCCAACGAGUUUAUCAAUGUCACAAUGGUUUUUAUCGUCAGAAGUUGGUAAAAAGCCUGAUAUAACAAACGGAGAACCAUCCAGUUCUCGGAGAUUUGGAAGUUCAAUUCGAACUAAUUCUGGUUUAGGUAGUACCAAAUUUGAGUCACUCACUUCAGUCAAUAGCUUCAAUUCUCACAUCAAAUAUGAUUGGGAUGUUCAAACUCCCAAGGCUGACUUAUCUUCAUUAAUAGUUCAACAACUGGAAAGUCGCCAAAAUGACUUACUUUAUGAAAAUCGUGAACUUCGAGAUCUUGUCAGUCAGCUCUCUUCAAGAAUAAUUCGAUUCACUGACUUUCUCCAGCGUCAUUGUACUACGUGGGUACAAAAUAAUGAUAAUGUAAUUCAUUCCAAUGAAUUUGAUGAUGAAUUCUUUUCACUUGAUGACGAGGAAGAUGACGGCGAUGAGUAUUUUAAACGAGAAUCGUCCGACGAAGAUUAUUCAAACUUUUCCAUAUCUAAAGAGAAUGGUCGUGGAAAAUCAGCCCUUGUUAAUAAUCUUUUAUUUGAAUUACCGUAUGCAGUAAUUCGUGAUGAUCUUACCAGACGCGUACGUUAUUUAUCUCGAUGUCUUUGGUGUAAAUUAAAAUGUUUAGCCAAACACUAUACGGCAAAAACAAGAAUAACAACAGAGAGAAAUGUAACAAAAAAUGUUGUAAAUUCACAAACUUUUCUAUUAGACCUCCCGACAUCUGGUGGAGAUAAUGAAAAUAAUGAAGUGGAACUAUCAAAAAGUCAAUUGGCUGAAGUAAAAUCUUCUUUGACCGGUUGUAAGUCUUUAUUAAAGGGAAAAGAGUUGAUUCUAGAGGAUCCUUCAUUCUCAAGUUAUAAUUUGGACAAAUUAAAAAUUUUGAAUUUUACAAGUUCGAAUCCUGAACUUGGUGGGAAAAAUGAAAUACACUUUGACAAACAUAAUGUUCCUUUAUUAUUGAAGGAAUCCAGUAUUCGAAUUUCAAAGAAAAAUAAAACGGGCAGCUCCUCAAAUUCAUCAGAUGAUUCACUUUAUUCUCCAUAUAAUUAA